AGGUUUGAAACGGGGCCCACUUUUCCCUAAAGCUUACUAUAAAACCGAAGUCCAAUAAUCCAUGACAAGCUCGCCAACAUUCUAAGUUAUCCACGGCAUAAAAAGAAAAAGAUUAAAAAAAAAAAAAAAAAACCAUGGCUGGCUUUGCAACCAGAAUUUCAUGGAAUCACCGGAAUUUAACCUACGGUUGCCAGGAAUUCAAGUUUCCUGAGCGACCAGAUUCAAGUCUGUCAGAUAUGGAAUUCGGGUUUCUUGAAGAUGGUGACCAAGAAAUCCCUGGACAUGGAAGCUGUAAAAGUGAUGAGCUUCGAGGUAACAAUGAAAUGAUAGAUGGAAGAGGAGAUUUGGGUGAUGAUGAUGAUGGUGAGGCGAAAGAAGAUGAUGGAAGUAGUGUUGAAAAUAACAAGAGUUUUUGGGAGAGUCAGCACCAGGCUCUGCAAGCUACCUUGUGUAGGAGUACCUCUUUGGAAUCAAGAAUUCGAAAUGCCACCAAAGAAGCCUUGAAAGAUAUUCAGAGAGCGAGAACUGUUUGUGCUUGUGGGAAAUCCAUGGCUGAAAGUUGUAGGAAUUGUCUUAUGAGAGAAGUCUCUAGCCGUCUCCAAAAUGCUGGUUUCAACAGUGCCAUAUGCCGGUCUAAAUGGCGAAGCUCUCCAGAUAUCCCAUCAGGAGAGCACAAGUUUUUGGAUGUGAUAGAGAAUUCAAGAAAAGGAGAUGUAAGGGUAAUAAUAGAGUUGAACUUCAGAUCUGAGUUUGAGAUGGCAAGAGCAAGUGAAGAGUACAAUCGUCUAGUCCAACGAUUACCAGAAGUUUUUGUCGGUAAAGUAGAAAGAUUAAAUAAUGUGAUCAAAAUCGUAUGUUUGGCUGCCAAGAAAUGCAUGAAGGAGAAGAAAAUGCACAUGGGGCCAUGGAGAAAACACAGAUACAUGCAAGCUAAGUGGCUAAAAUCAUGUGAACGGAAUACAUCUACAAAAUCCUUGUCAGUGGGAUAUUCAGGCCGAUUGCCGAAGCCAAGGGCCUCAUUGCUAACUGUAGAUUUGCUGGAAAAGUUGUCCAAUGUGCGUUGUACAGCAGUUCAGGUUGUAUGAAUAUUGGGAGAAAUUUAAACCAAAGAUUUUGUCCUCUAGUUCUUUUAAUUAAACUACUAUUUAAAUCUGAACUUUUGGACCGGUAAAGUGUAUAUAAUAAUAUUUUAGAGAUUGGAUGAAUAACGAGAAAAGGCCUUUUAUUCUGAAAUCAGGGUUUUUGUCUAUAAAUAUUCUUGGUCCUUUCUUGUUUUUGACUUGAAGUUUGAUGUUCAAAGAUAAGGUCCAUCGGCUGCUGCAAAUUUCAGAUUUGCUGGCAGAAAAUGGUCUGUUCUGGAGCAAUACACCUGACUUUGGAUUCUUGAUAAUCUUAUAAAAUAAUGUUGAAUAUAUUAAAUGGAUCAGGUUCCAAACUGAUCUCAUUGUUGACCUUUUGUCGUAUUAACUAAACUUCAAAUAGGAAAUAGUAAUAUAAUAAAGAAAGUAGAUAAAACUAAAAUCCCCACAGCUGAACUCUGGGUAAUUUCUAUGGUUUUAGCUUAAACAUCAUUUCUGUUCUGUCAUUUUGGAAUCGGAUUAUGGAGUUGCAGUUUUGAAUUUGCAUAAUUGAUCUCCUAAAAUUGUCAGGCCUCAGGGUCAGGGAAGAUUAUUACAAGAAUUCAUAAAUUAAUGAUUGUAGGAAACUCACAAACAGAAGUUAGGAUGUUAGAUGGUAGAUGUCCUGAUUUCAUUUUCAAACUUAGGAUGGGUGAGCCCAAGUGUCACGGAUCAAUAUUUAAGUUUUUAAGCUUAAACGACUUCGGAGACUUAAAAAUUGACUCAUCCGACAACUCAAAUCAAUUUAAUAUUCAGACCGGUGUUAAAACACUCAGUAUUCCAAGGACGACCACCUGCGCUGUUGUUAAACAAAGCUGCACAUUAAAUGUUUGAUGAAAAGCUCAAGAGAAUCAAAAGAGAUAAGUAAAGAAUAAACUUAUAUUACUCCAAGUUGUGAUAUGUACAAUGAAAGUGGGGCACCCUCUGUUUAUAGGUAAAGCCGCUUACAUCCAUGAGAAACUGCUCUCUGUCUCGAAAAGAAUUACUGGGCCUGAUCCAUCCCGCGGACCGUGACACAAGGACCUCCAUAAAAGAAAGGCAUUGCAGUGAUAUAAUGGGGGGAGGGGGGGGGGGGAAUGGUG